AUGACUAUCUACCAAACCUCCCCUUACGGCGGUCCCAGCGCGAGUAACCUGUUCUGUGCCCAAGCCUGGAACGCCAACACCGUCUACCGCGAGCUGCCCGCCGCGAGCACGACACCAACUUCCAAAAGCAGUCUCACCACCGCGGCCAUUACGUCCUCUCCGACCGUGACUUCGAUAAAAGAAACAUCUGCCGCCACGAUCUCAUCCACGACCCCAACAGCCAGGGAGUCCGUUACAACCUCCUCGAGUGGCAGUUCCUCCAAAGCGUGGAUCGCCGGCCCCGUUGUUGGGGCAGUAGUGGGGAUCGCUAUCAUCGUCGGCGGAGCGAUCUUCUUCCUCUCCCGCAAGCAGAGACGGACGUUCCACCCCCAGCCUCAAUAUGAUCUUGGCUCAGGGUAUCCUUACGGGGGUAACGGGAGUUUUGUCCAGCAGCAGCAGCAGCAGCCGCAGGAGAGACAUGAAUUGUAUCAGGAGCAUUUUGCGCCCAAGGGGCCUGCGACUGUGUAUGAGUUGCAUUAG